CCGAGACUACUGCUGCUGCUGUGGCCGCGAUGGCGUCGUGAGGCCCCGCGAGCCGCCUCCUCCUCCUCCUCGUCGUCCUCGUCCCUCACCGUCUCCUCCCCUCGUCAUCCUCGUCCCUCACCGUCCCAUCGCAGCCUUCGCGUCCGCCUCGCCAUGCAGGGAGGAGGCGGGGGGGAUGAGGACUACAUGUCGGCAGCCUUCGUCGAGGCGGGGAAGGACCAGCGGCCAGGGCUGGUGGUGUCGCACGCGGUGAGGGCACAGCGGCGCCUGGAGCGACGUCACAACGAGCUGAACGCGCAGCACCGCGCGCGGCACGUGCCGCGAGCCGUGGUGGAGCAGCAGAACCGCGAGGCGGCACUGUCCUCGGCGCUACCCACUCACAACCGCGGGUUCGCCCUGCUGCAGCGCAUGGGCUACCGCGCCGGACAGGGGCUCGGCAAGUCCGGCACUGGCAUCACGGAGCCUAUCCCAGUGCAACCCAAAGCAGAUAGGGGUGGAGUGGGCCGGGAGAAGGAGAAGGAACGACAAGUGGCGGAGCGCCAGCGGCGCAGGCAGCAGCAGCAAGCCAAGUGUUCGGUGGAGGAAUACAGGACGCGCGUGCGCAAUAAGCUGGAAGAUCGCCAGACGGAGGAAGACCUCCGGAAGAGCCGGGGAGCCUGCGAGCAACUUGACCAGCAGAAGGGGGUGAGGGAGCCACUGGAGCCCUGGUUCUGGAUGCAGCCUGAACCAGACGAAGAUGAGGAUGACGAGGACGAUGAGGAGGAAGAUGAUGACGACCAACCCAAUCGUUUGCAGAAGCAGGAGAUGCUGCAGAAGCUGACAGGCUACCUUCGGUCCGAGCACUUCUACUGCAUCUGGUGCGGCACUUCCUACGAAGACCGUGACGACCUGGACUCUAACUGCCCCGGAAGUACUGCAGAGGACCACAACUGAUGGGUAGAGUCAAGAUCGUUGUCCUUCCAAGUUUCGCAAGAUUAUUUUUGAAGCCGCGUGAAUUCUCAUCUGAAGACUGCCCAAACUUCACCCCCUUUUUCUUCCACUAGAUGGAGAAAGUCAACACACCGUAUGUUAGAGUAAAAUACAUUUUCUGCAGUGUCGUGCAGUCGUAUUCACUGUGGCUGCGCUGUAGAUUUACAGAUGAACAGGCAUGGCCACCAUGAUUGGAAAAUGUACCGCGAGGGCUGGCGCCAACUGGUUUGUGAAGACAACUGUACGUGCGCAUGUACUGUACAUGUAACCACAGCCUCCUGUGUCAACGCUGGAAAGCUAUGGUGCCCAAAUUAUAUUAUUUGGGUCUUUCUGUAGUCACAUAGAUGGUUCUAAGAAAAUAACCAAAAACUACGUUCCGAUCACAACAAGCGAUCGUCAUCAGGAGGAAAGAGGAUGACGUACGCGUGUGUUGUGAUCAGAACGUAGUUUAUUUUUAUUUUCUUUGAACCAUCUACUUGACUUUAGUGAAAGACCCAAAGAAUAUUGAGUCCUGCAGUCACGAAAGCUUUAAGUCAAGAUUUGCCCAAAUAAUGUUUUGUUUCAGUGUGUAAAUACCAUUUUUUUUUUUAUUAAACUUUAACUUAAAUAGUCUGUGUUUCAUGCUCAUUGACAUAAACCAUCUGGGGCCUCUGAUGUAGUGCAAAGCCUGUGGCAACAUUUGAAAUCCCUCUAAUCCUGUGCAUGCACUUGCUGCGAGUGUACAUUAUCCAUGCUCAUGUUUACAUUUCCCUUUUUUAAAGUCAUUACCAAUUUGCCAUUGUGAAGUGGCUGUCGUUUAUGGACAAUGUGGCUUGGGAUUUCUCAAUUUCUUCCCAAUUUUCACCGGCCUUGGCUUGGACAUCGCUGGGGAGUUGUGUACCACCUUUAAUGUGUACCACCUCAAUAAGGAAAAGAAAAGGCACAGAAAUGCCACCCAGUAAAGAGGCGGCUCCUCUCCUGGUUCCCAUUAAUCCAGUUGGAGUGCAGCACAGCAGCUGCUGCUCGUUGCAAAGGUUGUUCAAAUCCUGUGGCCACCCCAAUUAAUACUGUGGGUGUAGUAACCAAAACAUACGACGUGCCAUCUGCGUCAGUGGACAUUAAAGAUCACUGUCAUUCAUAGGCAUAGGCCAGUGUGCCUGCAUCGCGAUCAAAAUGUUAAAAGUUCACACCGCACAUGACGCAAGUGGAAUAUACAGUUCAUAGCAAUCGUGCCAAAACGUGGCCAGGGCCCUCCUGAAAGAGAGUCCGCAACGGUCCAAGUUGGACCAUUCGUCACUGCGCUGCCAAACAAGACGUGGAGGCGGCUCUAAACAGAUGGGAUGCACACAGCAGGGAGGCCCCUGUUGGCCAGAGGAGCGGUCCCGAUGGAGCCGCUGCUGGGCGCGCCAGGCCUCGU